AUGUCGAAGAGGCGCGUUGAAGCAUUGUGUGCCGAUUCAGAUGACCAGAGGCCAGUACCGAGGCCGAAACCGAAACCAAAAUUAAAAUCAAGCGAUCGGCCGGACCCUCGUAUGAAGCACUUAGAGUAUCUGCAUGAGAAGACUGCUGUCAAAGAGAAUCUGAAGAUUUCUGAUGGGCAGCAGAUCAGGCUCGACGGUAAGCCUAAACUACAAACUAGGAUGAACGAUCAAAAGGGCAUGCUUUCAAUGUCGAAAUCCGGCGCUCUUCGAGCCGAAGAGACGACAACGAUUGACUGCGACAUAAACUUGGUUAACGAUUCUGACGAUGAUCUCCCGGACGCUGAAGCCUUGCUUGCGACGUAUGACAACACUAAGAAACUCAAGACUCCGCAUUCUGACACCCCCGAGACCAGCUAUUCUAAUUCAGAGAUUGAUGCUCUCAUCCGAGAUGCUCCUCUAGAUCUUGGAGACUUUGUCGGACUAGAAUCCCCAAGGCGUGGACAGAUGUACAAUGGGACCAAUCGGAAUAAUUCCUCGCGUACCCCGUCGAGGCAGAAACGUAUUUCUCCUCUAAAGCGGAAACGAGAGGGCAAGGAUGAGGGAGGGUCAGUCUCCUCGUUUCAACCUUUGAAGGCGGCCCGACUUGGUGGACUGCCCAAUCAGACGCCUUCGUCCGCUCAACAGAAGGAACCCAAACCAGAACCUCUGUUCAUUCUGGAUUCCUCAGACGAUGAAGAGGUUUCACGCAACCAUUCCAAAUCUCGGCAGGAGUCCGCAAAUUUGAACGCCACCUACCAGGACAAUAACUACGAUGACUUUUUCUUAGAUCCAAGACUCUUUGACAUCAUACCUGAUCAGCUACCUGGAUCUCCAAACUUAGUUCCAACUUUGACUUGCAGUAGGGAAUCGGAUACAUCUACGUUCCAGUCGGCUCGAACAUCAUCCCCUGGCGACAAGUAUGCAUCGAAGGAUAAUCAUGUCCCUCUUCCAUGGCAAGACGACGAGGCAGACGCCGACCUCAAGGAAUAUGAACGGGACGUUGCCGAAUUGGAGGCGUGGCUACACAGUGAUCCAUUUGUUCUCAAGAAGUGA